GUCAAGUCUCCGGAGGAUCGUGAGUGGGUAUCAAUGAUUGAGACCGUCUCCGCCACAGGCGCCAAGCUCCAGUGCCUAGUUAUCUUCAAGAGCAAGCAUCUUCAGACUACGUGGUUUCUAACUACUAGUACACUAAACCGGCUAUACACUACCUCAGAAAAUGGAUGGACAUCAAAUUCAAUUGGAUUUAAGUGGCUACAGCGCAUCUUUAUGCCAAAUACUACGCCCGUCAAUGGUGGAUAUCGACUACUCCUUCUGGACGGACAUGGCUCCUAUAUACCGAUUGACUUCAUGUGGCCCUGUAAGACUAAUAAGAUUCAGCUGCUGUAUCUUCCCGCGCAUGCCUCCCACUUGCUACAGCCACUAGAUCUAGCUCCCUUCUCUGUACUCAAGUUUCGCUAUCGUAACCAGAUCCGAGCACUCUCAGCGCUUGAUAACGCAGCACUAGUGAAGAAAGAACGCUUUAUUAUAUUAUACAACCAAGCUAGAGCAGAAGCACUCUCAGAGCGCGUGAUUAGAGCUAGCUAG